GUUGUCGUGCGUAUCUUGUCGCCCAACAUUUGUCGGCCGACUCGCGGUUUGUUACAAUUGCGGAGCAACACGAUCUCAGUGUUCCGUUCGCGAGCAGCUAAGGAGUUAUCACAACAUUUUCGCCGAAGUCAGUUGAAAGAUUGUUUCAUCAAAUUAACGAAGAAUUAAAUCCAGAUGAGUGCAGAAAUUAAAACAAAAAAUAUUUUCAACUCAAAGUUGGCAACAUUUGUGACAAUACGCCAAAUUUUGAACCCCAGUACUACGAAAAUAUGUGGUUACAAUGUUUACCAUUUGUUAAUAAUAUUAUUUAUGUUUUAUAUGCUUACAUUAUCAAUUUCACUGAUAGUAAGUUUAUACUACAUUAUGAAUGAUAACAUUGAAAUAUCGUUGUACUGGGGGUACAUCGAAAAUUUCAUUUUUGCAUGUUUUAAAAUGAUUAAUAUUCUGUACAAUUCAAAAGACUUAAAGAAGUACAUGCACGUAACGUCAUACAACUUCAUGACGUACCAACACUACAAUCAAAAGAUUUUCAAAAAUUGGCAAUAUCGUUUAACAUUAUUAAUUAUAUUAUACUUAAUAAUAAUCAACUUUGCUUAUUUUUCUUGGGGUCUGAUUCCGCUUCUUUUCAAUCACAAUUCAAUUUCGAUUCGAAGAUUCGAUGGUUCAGUUGAAAAAUACCAAUUGAACAUUUACAAUUUAUUUUUAAUUGUUCCAGCCGAUAUGUAUAAUGACAAUUUUAAUGUAUUUUUCUCAUUUGAACUCUUAACACUAUGUAUUUUUACAUAUUUCACGAUCAUACCUGACAUUCUUAUAUUUACGAUGAUAUUUGCAUUAACAUGCCAACUGGAAGCAGUUAAUGAUGCAAUCAGUUCUCUCGGAUACAACGCAAACGCAUCGGAUAACAUGAAAACUUAUGUUAACAAAACUCAAGAGAUGAUUGAAGUUAAACGUGAUGUUUAUAAUGAUUUAAAAAUUCUAAUUACAGACCACCAGAACGUUAUAAAACAGAUGCAUGGUUUUUAUGGAAAGAUACGAUCAACAUUAUUCAUUCAGCUAUUCGUUACAUCAAGCUCACUUAUUUUAAUCUUGUAUAUUGCUGAUUUGUGUUUUAUUAAAGGAAAUACUGAAGAUUCCUUAAUUGUAACAAAAGUGCUUAUUGUACUUCCAACUUUCACAAUUCAACUAUUUAUAAAGUGUUUUAUAAUCGGAAAUCUUAAUAAAAAAAAAGAUUCGAUUACUUUUAUGUUGUAUAGCAGUAAUUGGACAGAUAUGGACAAAAAAUCUAAAAAGUUGAUUUUGUUUGCAAUGAAACUAAAUAAUGCCAAUGAUCUCAAAUUAAAGUUUACCCAGACCAGGAUUGUCAAUUUGGAAAUGUUCUGUAAUACUAUUCGUUUGUGCUAUUCGAUAUUUUCAGUAUUGGCAAAUUACAGUCUAAAUAAAAUGAAAUAAAAAUUAAAUUAUGAUAUCAAUUCCUUGAAUUAAUUCAUUAAUACCUCACACCAAUAGUUAUUUCUAAGAAAACGCACACGUUUUGGUAGAAGAAGCAAUAUUUAUAUUUUACUCCAAUAGAGAAUGGACAUGUAGUAACACAUCUAGACAAAUGAUUUCUCAAUAAUGUUUUAAAAAAUAUUGAUGAAUAAACAUACUCGU